UCACUCAGCACACCUUCCGUCGCCCGAACAAGCAUCCAAUGAGGAAAAUGAACACACUGCUCCUCGUGAGCUUAUCUUUUCUCUACCUCAAAGAGGUUAUGGGUCUGAAGUGUAAUACCUGCAUAUACACAGAAGGAUGGAAGUGUAUGGCAGGCCGAGGCACUUGCAUUGCAAAAGAAAAUGAGUUAUGUUCAACAACAGCCUAUUUCAGGGGAGACAAACAUAUGUACUCAACACAUAUGUGUAAGUAUAAGUGCCAGGAAGAGGAGUACUCCAAAAGAGGCCUGUUGAGAGUGACACUGUGCUGUGACAGAAACUUCUGUAACGUCUUCUAAUGGAGCUUAGGAACUUGCAGAGGAUCAUCUGAUCAAGAUCCAGAAUCAAGACCAACCAGCAUGAACUGUUUUAUUUCCCACACCAAAUUCCACAUUGGCCUAAGAUCCCAGAGAGAGCUGCAGGGGCUGUGUCCUCAUUGCAAUGAAGGGGCUCCUCACACCCAACCUCCACCACUAGAUCCCUAAAACCAUGAACAUGGAAACAAAAUCCUCCAUGAGCUAUGCUUACUCUUUUGUCUUCUACUCCUGAUUUCUGAUUUCUAUCCCUGUGGUAGACUAAAUAAUGGACCCCCAAAUAUUUCUACAUCCUAAUCUCUGGAACCUGUGAAUGUUACCUUAUAUGGCAAAAGGGACUUUGAAAAUGUGAUUAAGGAUCUUGAGAAGGGGAGGUUACCUUGCAUUAUCUGGGGGGCCCUAAGUGCAAUCAAAAUGUCCUUGUAAGAUGCAAGUAAAGGGAGAUAUGACGCAGAAGAAGAAAAGAUGAUGUGAUGAUGGAAGCAGAGAUUGGAGUCACGUGCUUUGAAGAUGGAGGAAUAGGCCAUAGGCAAAAAACUAGAGGCCAUUAGAAGCUGAAAAAGUCAAGGAAAUAGGUUCUCCCCUCAGAGCCUCCAGAAACCAGCCCUGCCGACACCUUUAUUUAAGCCCUGUAAGACUCAUUUUGGAUGCCUGGCUUCCAGAACUUUAAGGGGGUGUUGUUUUCAGCCGCUAAGUGUGUAUUGUUUUAAAACACUAAGUUUGCAAUAACUUAUUAUAGCAGCAAUGGGAAACUAAUACAAUCCAAAUAAACUUCUAGGAAUUCAAAUCAUUGGUAAGCCUGAGUACCCAGGGGUCAGUCUAGGUGACAACAGUAUCCACCACUCAGGGCCUACGCUGACCUGCAGGAAGAGAGGAAUACAGAGCAAGUGCUAUGAAUGAAUGUGGAGAUCAAUUUAUGGAUUUUAAACUUCACGACAUGCUGCAGAUAAUCCUUUAGGUAUAUCUGUAGUAAACGGUGCCUCGCUAUGUUCUGAAGCAAUCAAACAUGAUGUCCUAAUAGCUCAAUCUGUCAGUUCCUCAUUAGCUCGUGUACUCACUGAAAUUCUUUUAACAGGUAAUGUCCCUGUAUUAGUCUGUUUUCACACUGCUGGUAAGGAUAUACCCAAGACGGGGCAAUUUACCAAAGAAAGGGGUUUAUUGGACUUACAAUUCUACGUGGCUGGAGAAGCCUCACAAUCAUGGCAGAAGGUGAAAGGCACGUCUCACAUGGUGACAGACAAGAGAAGAGAGCUUGUGCAGGGAAACUCCCCCUUAUAAUAACCAUCAGAUCUCGUGAGACCUCCUAUCAUGAGAACAGCACAGGAUAAACCUGUCCCCAUGAUUCAAUUACCUCCCACCAGUCCCUCCCACAACACGUGGGAAUUCAAGAUGAAAUUUGGGUGGGGACACAGCCAAACCAUAUCAGUCCCCUUCUUAAAACUCUCCUCUCUUAGCUCCUAUGACUGUACAUUUGUAGUUCUCCUACCUCUCUGAAGAAUCCUCAGUGAGGGUCUCUGGGGACAUUGUUUUGAUUUGUUAUUGUUUUUAUAUUCAGAUCUUUAACCUAUGUGAAGCCACCUUUGUAAUAUUGCCUUAAGUAAAGAUCCAGUAUUAUUUUUCUCCAUA